AAAAUGGUGGUGCAGAUCUGACCUAUGGUAACACCUUGAAAGAGUAUGAAUAUUUCAGCAAACUGCCUCUUCAGUGGUUCCUCGUUAGCAUCUGAAGUGCAUGCUGCUGCUGUUAAUGGAGAUAAGAAUACCCUCCAAAAGCUAAUAGCAGGCAACUCUGAGCUGAAAGAUAAAGAGGACCAGUUUGGAAGAACUCCACUUAUGUACUGCGUAUUGGCUGACAGGCUGGACUGUGCAGAGGCGCUGCUGAAGGCUGGAGCUGAUGUUAACAGAGCUGAUCGUAGCAGAAGAACUGCUCUCCAUCUUGCCGCUCAAAAGGGAAAUUACCGCUUCAUGAAGCUUUUACUGGCUCGUAGAGGGAACUGGAUGCAGAAGGAUUUAGAGGAUAUGACACCAUUACAUUUAACUACACGUCAUAAAAGCCCAAAAUGUUUAGCUUUGUUGCUAAAGCAUAUGGCACCUGGAGAAGUGGAUACCCAGGACAGAAACAAGCAAACUGCACUUCAUUGGAGUGCCUACUACAAUAACCCAGAGCAUGUGAAACUUCUCAUAAAACAUGAUUCAAAUAUUGGAAUCCCUGAUAUUGAAGGAAAAAUCCCACUUCACUGGGCAGCGAACAACAAGGACCCUAGUGCAGUUCACACAGUGAAGUGUAUUCUGGAAGCUGCACCUACAGAAUCUCUGCUUAACUGGCAAGAUUAUGAAGGACGAACUCCUCUUCAUUUUGCUGUUGCUGAUGGGAAUGUAGCAGUUGUUGAUGUCCUGACCUCUUACGAAGGCUGCAAUGUGACAUCUUAUGACAACUUGUUUCGAACUCCCCUUCACUGGGCAGCCUUACUUGGUCAUGCGCAGAUUGUCCAUCUCUUAUUAGAAAGAAAUAAGUUUGGAACUAUCCCAUCUGAUAGUCAAGGUGCAACACCCCUACAUUAUGCAGCACAGAGCAACUUUGCUGAAACAGUUGAAGUAUUUUUGAAACAUCCUUCUGUAAAAGAUGACUCAGAUCUUGAGGGAAGAACAUCCUUCAUGUGGGCAGCUGGCAAAGGCAGUGAUGAUGUCAUUAGGACUAUGCUGACUUUAAAAUUGGAUAUUGAUAUCAAUAUGACAGACAAAUAUGCUGGCACAGCCUUACAUGCUGCUGCCCUUUCUGGCCAUGUCAGCACAGUGAAAUUGCUGUUGGAACAUAACGCACAGGUGGAUGCUUUGGAUGUCAUGAAGCACACUCCGCUUUUCCGAGCCUGUGAGAUGGGACACAAAGAAGUGAUACAAACACUCAUUAGAGGAGGAGCAAGAGUAGAUUUGGUUGACCAAGAUGGCCAUUCACCCCUUCACUGGGCAGCCCUGGGAGGAAAUGCUGAUGUGUGCCAAAUCUUAAUAGAAAAUAAAAUCAACCCUAAUGUGCAGGAUUAUGCAGGUAGAACACCUCUGCAGUGUGCUGCUUACGGAGGCUACAUUAACUGCAUGGUGGUCUUGCUGGAAAACAACGCAGAUCCAAAUAUUCAGGAUAAAGAGGGAAGAACUGCUUUGCACUGGCUCUGUAACAAUGGCUACCUUGAUGCUAUAAAGUUGCUGCUUGGUUUUGAUGCUUUCCCUAAUCAUAUGGAGAACAGCGAGGAGAGAUAUACUCCACUUGAUUAUGCCUUGCUUGGUGAACACCAUGAAGUGAUUCAGUUCAUGUUAGAACAUGGGGCUCUGUCUAUAGCUGCCAUACAGGACAUUGCUGCCUUCAAAAUUCAAGCUGUCUACAAAGGAUACAAAGUUAGAAAGGCUUUUCAAGAGAGGAAGAAUCUUCUAAUGAAACAUGAACAGCUGAGAAAAGAUGCUGCCGCCAAGAAACGUGAAGAGGAAAGUAAAAGAAAAGAGGCCAAGCUACAGAAUGGGAUGCAGAACGUGGAAGAAAACAAGCUUCAAGUACAACAGAAUGCUGUAAAUCCAGAGAAGACUACCAGCAAUUCACAGUUACCUAACAAACCCAUUGAUACACAGAGUAAGAGAUCUCUGUCCCUCGGUGGUUCGCAAAUUCAACUAGGGAGAAACAGUAGAGGUUCACCUAAAGCUUGUCACAACAAAGGAACACCAAAGGAGAGUUGCCUGUCAGCUGAGCCUCAGAGUGAAGGUCAUAAAAUCAGGAAAGAUUCACUGAGGAAACACACCAAAAGCAAGUCAAGUUGUGUCCAUUUAAAUUGUGACAAAGUAAAAGAGGGAACAAAAGCUGAAGUGAAACAUCAGGUCGCAGCUACUACAGAACUGGAUGGAGAAAAGCACAAAUUGCAUGCUGUCGACACAACGAGUGCUUGUGUUCGGAGGAGCAGAAGGCAUACUGCUGCUGCUUGUAGGACUGCGAGUGUUGGGGAAAAGCUAAGAGAUCAAAGUCAGCCUUCAUCUGGCAGCAGGGACCGUUGUGAAGGAACGGCUGUGUUCUUCUGCAAUGUCAGCUGUACUGGUGGAGUUGCGAGAAACUCGAAGCAAUGUGAAGCUUCUUCCAAAAGCAAAAGGCAUCAGCAGAAAUGCAGAAGUAAAGAGGUAAAUGAUGAGCGAUGUUCACCAGCUGGCUCUAGUAGACCAGGAAGUGCCAAAACAGUAUUUGUAAACACCAGAAAUGACAGCGUGCGUGCUGUAGAGCAAACUAACAGAGUGGGAAAUAACGAGUUAGCAAAAAAGGCCUCCCCUUUAUUGUCUGUUAAGGCAGAACCUAUGGGAGCUGUGCCAAGAAACCCAGCAGCGUGUUCUGCACCUGAUGACAGUUCGAACUUGGAAAAAACAAGCAUAAUUGGAUCCAGGAAUGCAGAUGAUCAAUCAUGUUCUGUCGCAUGGCAAAGUACAAAUAUUGAACUGAUCCCUUUAGAGAUUCGAAUGCAGAUUAUAGAAAAAGAAAGAAAAAGAAAAGAGCUGUUUCGGAAGAAGAACUAUGCUGCUACAGUCAUCCAGAGGACAUGGAGAAGGGUCAGAACAAUCAGUUACAGGAGAGCUGAAUUCAGAGAAUGUGCCCAUGCUCUAAAGAUAACUGCCUACGUCAUCUUGGUGUCAGAGCCUCGCAGUUGUUUUCUGGUUGCUAAAAACUACCAGAAGUUCUUUGCAAACAUGAAAUCACAGCUGGGUGCAAAGGUGGAGUGCCUGUGAGUGGGUCACUUCACCUAUCAGCAAAGGCUUCUGGCAGCAAUUACUGAAUUCCAAGAGAACAACUUAGUAGUCUUUUCUGCUCAAGUAUAGAACAGUUCCCCAAUUGUUUUUCCUGCAGCAGUAGUCACGUAACCCAUCCCUAGCUCCAGUUACGUUAGCAAGUCACUGUAACUGUGCCCCCCUUCACUUUCUUUUCCUCUCUUACCCCAUUGAGCAGUUCUGAUUGACGUGUUACUUACCCAAACUGGAUCCUUUUUUCCCUUCUUUUAAUAACGCUUCUGUUCUGUAUCCGUACAGUACUUUGCAGCUCACAGGCACUACAGGCCUUUAUUGGUAAGCUGCAGUUGUUACGUACUUUAAUGAGCUGUAUAACAGGACGUGCCUGAAUUCUGAAGCUCCACUAAAUUAAGAUUGAAUAUAUUUGUCUCACCCAGCAAGUUUCACUGAGGGAAUUUACUAAGCUUAUUAUUGAAAGUUUAAAAUUGCUGGGGCUCUAACUGAGCAUUAUCAUCCCCCUUUGGCAUCCUGUUGUGCUUUUAUGUGCUCAUUUUUCUGUAUAGGGCUGGUGGUUCAUUUGAAGCAUACAGCUUGUUAGCUUGUAUAUUUACACAUUUUGUAUCUGGUUGUGCUGCCUUUUGUUUUAACUGAGAACUUGUUGCAGAUGGAGCAAGAGAACAAAAUCACCUCCUUCUCCCUCCUUCCUCAUUCCUUCUAAUGUGGCAUCCAGUAGAAGCCUUUUCAGAUGCCAUAGGAGAUGAUGCCCCAUGUGUUUUGGACAGUUACCAAACACUUACUUACAAUUAAUAGUUUACAAGUGUUACUACUCAAUGUUCAUCUAUGGCAGGUUUGUCCUGGGAAGAUUCAGAGUUAAUUGCUAGGCCAGUUAAUGGACUCGCGAGUGUGAAAUGCCACUAUCUGAUUUAAUACUUGUAUCCGAUUCAAGAAAAACAGCCAAACAACUCCUGGUCACUGGUGCCAUUAGGCAUCAAAGUGGGAAGAAGGACAGAUCAUCUACUGCUGCCACGUGGAACUGUGUAAGAUCAAAGCAGCCAUGGCAAGGUUGGGUUGGGAGACAGAGCCUUUGAAGGGAAGGGGAAAAAGCAAAACUAGAUUGCUGAAAAGAUGAGGGGAGCACCUUUGGAGGAGGGAGGGAAAGCAUCUCAGGGUUUCCGUAGAGGAAAUGUGCAGUUGAACCUGUAAGUAGAUCUGGUUUGUCUCUUGCACUGAUUGACUGAGCAAGUGGUAAAGCACACGGGAAAAUUUGGUGUUAUUAAGCUGUGAAUACAGUUGAAAUGAGAAAACAGUAUUGUAUUGAUUAUACUCAUAAAUAUGUACAGGUCUUGUCUUCUCCAUGCUUUCUCUGUAUUAUAAAGCAGUUGAUAUGCUGUUGUGGUGCUGUAACUUUGGAUACCUGUAAUGCCAGAUCUUUAUUAACUGUGUGAAUAACGGCUGUAUCCAGAAUUGAACCCAGCUCCUGCUUUUGCUUCUGAGCAAACAUUUCUCAUCCAAAUGACUUAGCACAUCAGUGGGAGUUCUGUUUUCCCAGUUAACUCAUGUAAUCCACCAUGUGAACUGAUGUGUGGAAAGCACCAAAGUUAAAACAGGUCACCUAAAACAAGCACUCUUCUCUUUU